AUGGCCGUCAGCUCGCCGCUUUCUAUUCUUCCAUUUCGCGAAACCCCAAGCCCUUAUGCUGGGUCGGACCUGAUGUCGCUCGAAGCACCAUCCGCCCCGGAAAGUGUAGGGUGUUCGAGGUAUUCUGCCCCUGAUCUUGAUGCUGGAGCGAUCAGCGCGGUGGAUAUGGAUACAUUGUCGGAGACCCCCGCUUUGGCCCCGGCUAUCGGGGAUCCUAAUCAACUUCACGGGGUCGAUAAAAACAGCGGGGACGUGAUAGCAGCAACAGCGAACACUCCUAUCGCUCACGGCCCGGGACUGAAGCCCAACCAUUCCAGAUCAGACGAGGACGAACCACCGCAGUCGGUGAUACAUGCGCCACCUGGAUUCAGAGACUUUGUGAGGGUUUCCCUCACCAUCUCCCCAGAAGAGACGGGCACAGGGCAUACAUCGGACGAGGAGGGUUGCGACGAUGAAGCAUCGUCGUCAUCUUCGAUCUCAGAUCACGUCGAGCCUUUGCAUAUUCCAAAGAGCACCAGCGGAAUCGGUAAUAGUCCCGUGUCGCCACCUCCGUUGACCACCACCGUCGCGCCUGUAUGGUCAGAUAGAGCGACUCCUCGUGCCCAGACACGAAACGACGAAUUCGACGAAAUCGGACGACGCUCCCAUUCAAGCAGUCUAGAAGUAAAAUACCCGCGCGAGGGUAGAGCCAAAUCUAGCAUCUCUCAUACUUACAUUUUUCUAGGGACUUUUGGUAAUAAAGAAUCUGAAAUCAACGUUCUACGAGCGGCUCUCACCGAAUGCUGGACAUUAUGCAACACGCUCGCGAACUUGAGUUAUAUUAAUCGAAAGCGGUUGUUUGAAUCCUACCAAGAUAAUAUGCAGGAAGAUGCCUGGAGAUCUUGCUGGAAAUUGUGUCAAAAGCUUUAUGAUACCCAUGACGACGAAUAUGCAUCUCAAGUUAAUCCAACCCUUGAUCUCUGCCGAGACUUCUGCCAAGCGCUGUUUGAGGUUCGAGUUUCCGAGAAUGACCUGGCCGAUUCGGUCUUGCGAGUCAGCUUUGAGCUGAAUAAUCAUCUUUAUAAUACGCAUGACCGCAACCUUCCUGACGCCUUUCGGGAACGAACGCUUGACUUCUAUAUCACGCUGUGCCACCGACUAAUGAAGCAGCGAACUCGCUUGACCGAGACAGACUCUCUCCUGAGCGCUUGUUGGACAUUGGCUGAAAUGCUGUUCAGUAUCCGCCAGAGUAAACGAGAAGGGAAAACUUUGGACGAGGAUUUGCUCGGCUCCGCGGUUCAAGCAUGCUGGGAGCUCUGUGAUAUUUUCCGCGAGGGAUGGACCAUGCACAGCAUGCGCAAUUCAGACCGUGGCACGCCACGCCCUAGCCAAACCACAUUUGCGCAAGUAUUUCAACAAGUAGCGCAGCAGUCGGAGAUCGAUCUUCUGGAUGAUGUAUCUGUUCAAAUGGGAAAUCCAGAAACGCCCACGACUAUCUUUGAGGACACAGCCACCAUUUCGCCCGAUGAAGCCCCGAUUCCAAACAUUCUUGUUCUCGGUCACGGAAAUGGCCAUGCUUCUCAUUCGGGUUGGCCAUCCAGUGCAUCGAGCAUCUCGGAGAAGUCUCGAUCAUCUGGUCAAACAGCUUCCUCGGCGAACACGGUGACCACGAUCUCGGAGGAUCCUAAUUUUACCAGACUCAAGGUUCUCAUCACCAAGGCGGCUAUAAAUAGCGGUUAUCAACAAGACGGCACUCAGAACAUGUCGUCCUUUGUCAAAUCUUUGUCUUCAGACUCAUUCGGAUCGGCGCCCUGGCAGACUUCACUGUUGAAGAAUUACCGAAAGCUGGUGGCUUAUGAUCCUGCUUUCAGAAAUUGUGGCUUACAGGCCCGUGUCAGUGCCGUUGAAGUGGGCCGGGCUUGUCAGGCGAUGCUUCAGAAUGGGCAGUACUCUUGGCUACGGGAUCUAUAUCGACUGGUCUUUGGGUUCCACAUAGAGGAGGCAAUGACCAGGAAAGGGGUGACCAUUCAGACAUAG